CACAGCUCAAUGCCGAUUUGUUCACGGCAUCCCGCACGACGCAUCAUCCACUCACAACCAUUACGUUGACGGACUGCGAGAGACACCCGACCGACGACGACAACAACGACGGCCAGGCAGCCAGCCCAAUAAAUAUUUCGCUUAAUCGCAGCGCCCCCCAACAAAAGUUCCAAAUCAAGAGCUGGCUGUGCCUCGUCCCCGCAACCGCCUGCCGAGCUUACCGGUUUUCUGAUUACCUCGACACUAGGUAGCAGCCUCGAAUCAUCACGGCCAUCCAUUGCUCGACCACUCUCUGAUGAAACAUUUCAGCUCCGGUGCCAGCACAGAGCUGCUUCCAUUGGGAAACUGGAAUGACAUGACAAUGGGUUGCUAGCACCCUGCCACUCAAGCAAGCAGCAAGCAAGCAAGCAAAGCAACCUCGACCUUUUAAUUAACGGACAACAAAACGAUCGACACAAUGGCCCAACCAUCGUCCCUAAGCACUAACAACCCGUUUCGGCGCAAACAAGCGACUCCGACUUCGAACCCUCCCAUUCAGCUGGCCUCCGACGCCUUCGCCCACGCUUUCGACCCUCUCCCUACCUCUUCCUCGUCUUCGUUAGACCCUACGCGACCGGCACUACCGUCCAGCGAUGACUUCCGCAACUCUCUCCAGUCUCUGGGGCAGUCCAGCGAACCACCUCCAAAGACAAGCUUCCAGAAACCAAAAGUCGUGAAGAAGGUCCGCGUACAGUCACCACCGCCAUCUCCCGAGUCGGAGGAAGAACCCGAUACAUACCCACCGGUGGAGGAGGAUACGGCCGAAAGUAGUUCCAGUGAUGAUGAAGAUGGAGGCGCGGAUCCAUUUGCCCAGGUGCCGCCUCCCACCGCAAUGGAUGGCAAGGCCUUCCCGCCGACGCUGUCACGACCGGAGCUACCAGGCUCCACAACACAGAGUCCCGGUGGUGCGGUACCAGGAGGGAAGGGCUCGUUAGACGUUGAUUCCUUCCGACGGCUUCUUUUAACAGGCCAAGCAGGAGGACCGGUACAACCACCACGGACCGAUGGGGCGAGCCUGACUGAUGCUUCGUCGACUUUAGCUGCCCAAGACACGUCCCGGACAUCCCACGGGAGUCCGGAACAUGAAAGGGAAGAAUCACAGUCGCAGCGAACACGCCCAACACUUCAGACACCAGGGUCGUCGAGGAGCAAAGCGCCGCCGCCGCCGCCGCCUAGCUCGAGGCAUGGGAAGUUGAUCAAAGUGGACCCUAACCCUACGCCAGUCACCCCGAGACCGUCGUCUUCGUCAUCAUCUGCCCCCGCGUCCCGGGUGCUGGCUUCGCCGUUUUCAGAACAGCCUUCGGACGUGAACAAAACACCGCCACCGCCGCCACUUAGGUCUCCAGGCGAGGAAGACCUGGAAAGCCCAUUCGACCAUGAAGCCGCCGGCAAGGUCCUGGAGUUGGGGCAAGAGACAAACCCAACGACUGCCCCACCGCCAACUCCGCCCAAGCCAACAACGGCCACACCGCCUCCUUCACAAACAUCCAGAAAGCCACCCCCUCCACCCAGGCGAUCGACUCAUGGCCGUUCAGAAAGUAAGGUGUCUGUCCCGGGGUCUGUGUCAACACCCGUGGCAACACCACAGACGUCUCGUGUGGAUGAGGAACCCAAUCGCACUUCUCUGGACUCGAUCCGCUCAAGGUCAUCGAGCCUAAAGGUUGCCAGUUCUACCACUCAUGUGAACGCACCGGCACCGCCUCCGCCGAGGAGGUCGACACAUGUGCCUAGGCCUUCGACUUCUACGGCAGGAUUGGGAAUUGGCAUCAGUUCGCCUGCAGUCGCGUCUGCUGGGGCCGAGGGCACAGAAUUUCCUGGGUUGGCAGCUCAACCGGCCUCUGGGUCAGCGCAGAGCAGCCGACCUAGCACCCCUGCCGAUUCCUCCAACAACCCCGAAACCGCUAGCAUCAGCAGCUUCAACCAAACUGGACAUGGUAGGACCUUCAGCGGAAGCGGCAGGCUAGCCCCUCCUCCACCUCCCCCAGCGAGGAACAAAUCAGUCCGGUCGGGCACCCCUUCAACGCCGGGUACUGUGCGCAGGGCGGACAGUGGUAGAAGUAGGGAACCAAUCGGAUUGGCAUCCCCGGCACCGAUUGCCCCGAGCCCGAAUCAUGCCCCGCCACCACCACCUAGACCGCGGCCGAGGGGGAGUAACAGGCGAUCGGUCUCGGGAAGCGGGAGUAUUGAUAGCGGCAAUCCUGCACCUGCUCCGGGAACUGUUGAGUCACCUGCUCCUGUUCGUCCACCACCUGCUGCUCCAGCCCCAGGACUGGGUGGUGCUGGUGCGCGAUUCCUGGAAGCAUCGCUGGCAUUAGGCGAGGAACCGAGAGGUCUUCCAGAUGGAAUGGAGCUUGCAACCGCAGAUAGCAAGGUACAAGAGCAGGGAUUCGUCGACGGCAACGAGGACGAGGAAGACGUGAUGAGACGAGAGUCGGCAGCUAAGGAUAUCCUGGCCGAUUUGGAUGCGUUGCAGAGAGAGGUUGAUGCUUUGAGGGCGGCACAGGAGCAAGGGAGGACUACUACUCUCUGAAUCAAGUACAGGUACAGAUGACUGGAUAAGAACCCUGAGAGGAAGAAAGAAAGAAAGAAAGAAAGAAAGAAAGAGAAAAAAAA